AUGAAUUCCGAAAACUACAUUAGCAAAAUCUGGCAAAGAGGAAUAUUUGAAAACAGAGUCGUCUUCUGCACAGGUGGAUCUGGAGACAUUUGCAGCUCCCAGGUCAGGGCAUUGGUGUAUCUAGGAGCAAAUGCUUGCAUCGUUGGCCGAAACAAACAGAAGGCAGAAAGAGUCGCUGCGGAUAUCGCCAACGCUAGGCCAGGUGCAAAUGUGCUGGGCAUUGGAAAUGUCGAUGUCCGCAAGAUUGAGGCUUUAGAGGCUGCUGUUUCGAAGUGUGUCUCGACGCUAGGGGGGAUCGAUUUUGUCAUUGCUGGAGCUGCCGGAAAUUUUCUGGCUCCCUUCGUCCAACUAUCCACAAAUGCUUUCAAGUCCGUGAUCGAUAUUGAUUUGAUGGGAUCAUGGAAUACCGUCAAAACAACAGUACCCCAUCUUCUGGACUCGGUGGCGAAGUAUCCUGGAGCAGGUGAUUAUGAAGGCGGUCGCAUAAUUUUCAUCAGCGCUACCCUUCAAUAUACGGGUGUCCCUUUAAAUACGCAUGGAGUCGUCGCGAAAGCAGGAGUUGAUGCAUUGUCAGCUCAACUAGCAAUAGAACUCGGGCCUCGGGGCGUUACCUCCAACGUCAUUGCGCCUGGGAUGAUCCAGAGCACCGAAGGAGAAAGGCGACUCUUCCGGAACUCGGGAAUUGAUAUGGUCAGAAGAGUGCCAACCGGCAGGCUAGGUACGAUCAAGGAUGUCAAUAACGCCACCGUCUUCCUGCUCGCUGAGACUGGGGAUUAUGUAAAUGGCACUGUCCAGGUUGUGGACGGUGCUGCUUGGAGAAUCGGGGCCCAGGUUACAACAGGGGUUGAGUACCCUGCUUCUGUCCUAGUUGAGCCCAAAAUCUUGAAGCUUUGA